AUGAGAGAAUUACGAAAUCAGUUAAAUAAGCUUAAAGUAUUAAAAGGUUCGGUUGACAGUAAAACAACUUAUGAAUUUUUUACUAUUUUAAAUGAAAUAUCUAAUUUUACAAUUGUUUUAAAUUCAACUAGUGGCAUGUUUGUGUUAGGUGCAUCUUUUUAUACAACUGAAUUCCUUUGUAUGAUAAAUAAAGAGUUCACAGAUACAACUAAUUUCAUAUCUAAUAUCCCUUUUGACAUAAUAAAAACUGAUAUUACGAAAAAUAAUUUAAUAUUUAAAGAAAAAAUAUUUGAUUUAGGAAUUAUUGAACCUUCUUUAACAAGAAAUAUCAAAAUAACCGAUUUUAAUUACUCAAUUCAUCUGUUAAAAUAUUGUAAAUCAGUUGUGUUUUUAGUUAAAGGGACAUUGAAAGAAUACAGCUCACCACAUAAGACAAAAUACAAGUUUAGUGUGAUUGGUAAAAUACAGAUAGAAAAGAAAAGUGAUAAAAUUUCCAAAUCAAAAAUGGAAAGUUAUGAAAUAGUUAAAGUGGCGGAAUAA